CCGAGCUCGGGCGAGCCGAUCCCGGCCAUGGAGGGUUCGGAGCCUGUCCCGGGGGGGAUGCGGCGCUUCACCUGGGAGGAGAUCGGGCAGCGGAACGGACGGGGGCCGGCGCCGCAGGAGCGCUGGCUGGUGAUCGACAGGAAGGUGUACGACAUCAGCCACUUCUGCCGGAGGCACCCGGGAGGCUCCCGGGUCAUCAGCCACUACGCCGGGCAGGACGCCACGGAUCCUUUCAUUGCUUUUCAUCUUGACAAGGCACUGGUAAGGAAGUACAUGAACCCUCUCCUGAUUGGGGAACUGGCACCAGAUCAGCCCAGCUUUGAGCCCAGCAAGAACAAAAAGCUGGUGGAAGAUUUCCGUGAGCUCCGUGCCACUGUGGAGAGGAUGGGGCUUCUCCAGCCCAACCAUGCCUUUUUCAUCCUCUGUCUCUGCCACAUCCUGAUGCUGGAUGUUGCAGCCUGGCUCAUCAUCUGGUAUUUUGGAGCAUCCUUGGUGCCUUUCCUCUUCUCUGCUGUGCUUCUGGGCACUGUCCAGGCCCAGGCUGGCUGGCUCCAGCAUGAUUUUGGACACCUGUCAGUCUUCAGCAAGUCCAGGUGGAACCACUGGGUGCACAAGUUCGUCAUCGGCCACCUCAAGGGAGCCCCGGCCAGCUGGUGGAAUCACCUCCACUUCCAGCACCACGCCAAACCCAACUGCUUCCGGAAGGAUCCCGAUGUCAACAUGCACCCCUUGUUUUUUGCUUUGGGGAAAACCCUCUCUGUGGAGCUUGGUGUGCAAAAGAAGAAAUUCAUGCCUUACAACCACCAGCACAAGUACUUCUUCAUCAUUGGUCCCCCAGCGCUGGUGCCCCUUUAUUUCCAGUGGUACAUCUUCUACUUCGCUGUGCAGCGGAAGCAGUGGGUGGACCUGGCCUGGAUGCUGUCCUUCUACAUCCGAUUCUUCCUCACCUACUUGCCUUUCCUGGGCGUGAAGGGUACCCUGGGGCUCCACCUGUUAGUCAGGUUUAUAGAAAGCAACUGGUUUGUCUGGGUCACACAAAUGAAUCACAUCCCCAUGCACAUUGAUUAUGAUAAGAAUGUGGACUGGUUCUCUACCCAGCUCCAGGCAACCUGCAACGUUCAUCAGUCCUUGUUCAAUGACUGGUUCAGUGGCCACCUGAACUUCCAGAUCGAGCACCACCUUUUCCCUACAAUGCCACGGCACAACUACUGGAAGGUGGCCCCUCUGGUGAAGUCCCUGUGUGCCAAGCAUGGCAUUGAGUACCAGUGCAAGCCUCUGCUCACAGCCUUCGCAGACAUCGUGCACUCUUUGAAAGAUUCAGGGGAGCUCUGGCUCGAUGCUUAUCUACAUAAGUAAGCAGUAGUAGAUUCCUGCAGAGGAGUUCCCCAGCUUUGCUGCCUCCUGUGGUGGUCACCCUGAAGAUCUUGCACUGAGGAGAGCUGACUAAGCCAGAUUUGGGGAGGUGGUGCUGCUUAAUUCCAUGGAUGAAUGUAAUUAAUAUGAUUUUUCCUUUUUUUUUUUUUUUUGUUUGUUUGUUUGUUUGUUUUUGUUUUUUUGGGUUUUUUUUUUUUUUUUGUUUUGGGAUUUUUUUUUUUUUUUAUGUAAUAUGAGCUCUUAAUUUUUUCUUGUGCUUCUUUCAUUCCUCUUCUCUGGUGCUGAGUUCUGGGGAGAAGCUGGAUGGAGGAGGUUGUGUCCCACGAAGCUGGGUGCAGCUUUGGGACUGGGAACAGAUUCCUUUCUAUCUGCUGAUCCUUCAUUUGCUGAGUAUAUAGGAGGGAAACUUCUUAUCUAACAUAGGCUUUUUGGGGUGGCUCUCAUUGUGAGUGUAGUAAGAAAGCUGAGACAGCAUGAAAUCAAGCAAUGUGGGAAUCAGGGAAAUGUGUAAGCUCUGGGGAAUUGGAUAGGUUCAGUAUUUUCAAAUCCCUGUUUGUAAUAGGGAGCUCCCAGACCAAUUUGUACAUAUGUGGGUGGGGUGGGGAGGCACAGGCAGCAGUUCUCUAGGAAUAGGAUCUAGUUAGAGCCCUAAUAGAGGAAACAGGAAAGUGGAAGUUUUUCUGUCACUAGAGGACACAAGGAAAAACGACACACCACAGCUGUGGUUAUGAUGAAGAGAUUAAUUUAUUUCCUUUGACUCCAACAUCUAUAGUUUUCAAAAGGUGCCAGUGGAUUGGAGGGUGAACGUGUCACCUCUCCAACGACACCGGACAAACUACUAGUACAUUAAAUUUCUCUGCUUCUAUGAAGGAAUGUAAAAUAAUAGGUUGUUUGCAGAAAGUUGUGUGAGAAGAAAGUUUUCUACAAAAAUGUAAACUCAGAAGGCUUUAGAAAAUCUUAAAAAAUCAGGGCGACAUUUCUCAUAUGCCAUAUUCUGUGGGAAUGCUGCCCUCCACAUCUCUGGAAGCCUCUGGGUUAUUUGGCCACUGGUGACAUUCUGUGGGGGAUCUGCAAGGGAUUUCCUCCCUGCCAGAAUUUGGAGUGCUAUGAAGCCAUUACUGAGUCAGAAGAGAGAGAAACCUGUCCCAUCCAUACACAGGAUCCCUACAAGAGUGACUAAGGAAGCAAAAGCAUUCCAGACCAGGCUAGACAAGGCUUGGAGCAGCCUGGUUUAGUGGAAUACAAUAAACCAUGGCAGGGGAUGGAAUGAGUUGAGCUUUAAGGUCCCUUCCAACCCAAACUGUUCUACAAUGAUUCUGUGUGAAGGGUGAUCAUAAUCACUCUGUGAUUGCCUGAAGCUUUGGGCUUUUUUGGACCUCUGGGUGAUUUGUUAAAAGGAGAGAAUUCCUUCCUCCUGGCCCAUGGAGAGUGAGGCAUUCCUGCCUGAGCAGCAGAUAAAUCUAAGGAAGUUAAAAAAGUGGUGGGGGUCAGACUGCUGUUUAAAAGUGAUUAACUUUUCAUUCAGCUGCAUCUCCACAGGCACACCUCAGCCAAAACAUUGCUGGUCUCCCUCUCUUGGAUGAUGUGCCUUCCAAACACACACCAAUCCUGUAGGAUUUACUGAAUAGUCUUACUGCCUUUCCUGGGGCCUCUUAAUUUACUGCCCCAAUGUUACAGAUGCCAAACCAGGAUGUAGCACCUGACACAUCACUGAGGAAGAUGAUACAUCAUCCUGGUCCCCCAGGGACUGGUGGAUUAGAAUCCAGAAGGGAUAGGUUGAUUUUGAGGAAUUUUUUCCCAAUCAACAUCCAAAAUGAGGAUGAGGUGUUGAUGGAAUGGAAGAAAUAGAUCUUCUCAGGCCAAGAGUGUUGUUAAGCACAGGAUAAAAUUGUAAUGGGAAUAAUAAUACAAUCAUACAUAUAUAAUAUAUAUAUAAUAUUGUUAUUGUUAUAAUAUAAUAAUAUAUUGUUAUAUAAUAACAAUACAUCAUACAAUCAAAUACCUGUUGAUUAAGACCAUAAAGGAAGUGGGCCUUAGUUAUUGUUUUACCUUGUUUUUUUCCUGAUCCAUUUCUUUCCCUCGUAUUACAACUGUGGAUGGAGGAAAGUCUAUUAAUAAAAUUCCUUAUCUUACCAAUUUGUGCUGUCAUCAGAGUAAAAUACAUCUGUGCAAGAGUCUUCAUUCUGUAAAAGGUGGAACAAACGGCUGUCCACAGCUACAGAGAGAGAACUUCAUAAACCUCUUUCUCCAGAA